GUAGGACGCCGCCGCCGCCGCCGCCGGCCGGGCGGGGUGAGGUGAGGCGAAGGGAGGCGAGGCGAGGCGAGACCGGGCCGGGCCGGGCCGCGCCGCGCCGCGCGGAGGGGGCGGUGCCGGGGCCGCGCCGGGAAGAUGGCGGAGUCCGGCGGCGCCGAGUUCUCCGCGGAGCGGCCCAGCAGCAUGGCUGACAAGAACAGCGCCCUGAAAUGCACGUUCUCUGCUCCUGGCCACAGCACCACUCUGCUGCAGGGACUGGCCUCGCUCCGAGCUCAGGCUCAACUGCUUGAUGUCAUCCUCACUAUAAAUAAUGAAGUGUUUCAGGUUCAUAAAGUUGUCUUGGCUGCCUGCAGCGACUACUUCAGGGCAAUGUUCACCGGCGGGAUGAGAGAAGCCAACCAAGAUGUGAUUGAACUGAAAGGUGUAUCCGCAAAGGGACUGAAACACAUAAUAGACUUUGCUUACAGUGCUGAAGUGACUCUUGAUCUGGAUUGCAUUCAGGAUGUGCUGGGAGCUGCAGUCUUCCUCCAGAUGGUGCCUGUAGUGGAGCUCUGUGAGGAGUUCCUGAAGUCUGCUAUGAGUGUUGAGACGUGUCUUAAUAUUGGGCAGAUGGCCACUACCUUCAGCCUUGCGUCCUUGAAGGAGUCGGUGGACGCUUUCACCUUCAGGCACUUCCUCCAGAUUUCAGAGGAAGAGGACUUCCUCCACCUGCCGCUAGAGCGCCUCGUCUUCUUCCUGCAGAGCAACAAGCUGAAGAGCUGCAGUGAAAUAGAUCUCUUCCGCGCCGCUGUCCGCUGGCUGCAGUACGACCCGUCCCGCCGUGCCAAUGCCAGCCAGGUGCUCUGCCACAUUCGCUUCCCGCUCAUGAAAUCCUCCGAGCUGGUGGACAGCGUCCAGACCCUGGACAUCAUGGUGGAAGAUGUCCUGUGUCGGCAGUAUCUGCUGGAGGCUUUCAACUAUCAGAUCCUGCCCUUCCGCCAGCAUGAGAUGCAGUCCCCUCGGACCACCAUUCGCUCAGAUGUCCUGUCCCUCAUCACCUUCGGUGGCACCCCUUACACGGACAAUGACCGGACGGUGAGCUGCAAAGUGUACUAUUUGCCGGACACCAGCAUGCGCCAGUUCAAGGAGCUGACUGAGAUGGAGGUGGGCAGCAGCCAUUCCUGCGUGGCUGUGCUGGAUAACUUUGUCUAUGUGGUGGGAGGGCAGCAUCUGCAGUACCGGAGCGGCGAGGGGGCCGUCGAUAUCUGCUACCGCUAUGACCCGCACCUAAACCAGUGGCUGCGUAUCCAGGCCAUGCAGGAGAGCAGGAUACAGUUCCAGCUGAACGUCUUGCAUGGCCUGGUGUAUGCCACGGGGGGCAGGAACCGGUCGGGGAGCUUGGCCUCUGUUGAGAAGUAUUGCCCCAAAAACAACGAGUGGACCUACGUGUGCUCCCUCAAGCGCAGGACGUGGGGGCAUGCUGGGGCCACGGUGGGAGGCAAGCUGUACAUCUCAGGGGGGUAUGGAAUAUCUGUGGAAGACAAAAAAGCCUUGCACUGUUACGACCCGGCAGUUGAUCAGUGGGAGUUUAAAACUCCAAUGAACGAGCCUCGAGUCCUCCAUGCCAUGGUCAGUGCAAACAGCAGGAUUUAUGCGCUGGGAGGCCGCAUGGACCAUGUCGACCGCUGUUUUGAUGUCUUAGCUGUAGAAUACUACGUGCCUGACACCGACCAAUGGACAACUGUGAGCCCGAUGCGGGCAGGCCAGUCGGAGGCGGGUUGCUGCUUGUUAGAAAAGAAGAUCUACAUCGUGGGAGGCUACAACUGGCACCUCAACAAUGUCACGAGCAUCGUGCAAGUGUAUAACACAGAGACCGAUGAAUGGGAAAGGGACCUGCAUUUCCCCGAGUCUUUUGCUGGCAUAGCAUGUGCUCCAGUAAUACUGCCACAAGUGACGACCCAGAGGUAGCCACGCGUGGCCGUGUCCCCCACAAAAUCGCCUUCUGUGUUGCAUGUUGUCAGGACGCUGUGUUAUUCCUUUGUGGUUGUUUGCAAAUAACGUGCAUUUUGUGGGUGAGGGAAGGAGGAAAAUAGCUUGCAUUCCCUUCCACCUUCCUCUCGUCUAGCAGUCUGGCAGCACAUUCCAUCAGGAGCACUUGUCAGCCAGUUAGACUUAACAGUUGCUGCAGCAACAUGUGCUGUCUCAUUCUGGGGGGGAAGAGGGCGUUUCUCCCCUUCUUUUUAACAACGUUGUGCAUUACAAACACUGACCGCUCAGGAGUACUUGCUAAGGUACAGUGGUAUGUUUAAGUGUCCAGAGGUGACCUUCCGAAGUGUCUUCUGCUCCAAAAACUCAUUGCUUUGUGUUUCGUCGUGAUGUUUCAUAGAACAAAACCAAAAUCUUUAUAACAUACUGACCUCUGGAAGCAAUAAGGGGAUGCUGGGAACUAGAGUUGAGGUGCUUGGAUUCUGAAAGCAUUCUUGCUUCUUUUCUUUAUCCAUUAGAGGGUGAAUUCUCUCUGCCCUCCAAGAGUUUGUGUCACUUCUUUCCUCUUCCCCUUAUGUUACAGAUGAAUGGAUCCCCCCCCCCCCCCCCCCAAUCCCCGCAGAUCAUUUAAUGUUCUAGUCAAAACGUGCCUAUUUCAUUGGGGCCCCCAAAUGUGCAAUGCUAAAGGCCAUGCUGGCAGCUUAGUAUGGAAGCUGUAUGUAAAAGGGUAUGAUUUUCAUAAUUGCCAAUACGCAUUUGACUUCACCAGCAAUAAGAAUCCUGCAGCUGUUCAGCUGUGCUUGCACUCUGAUAUAGGCCGAGGGCACGUAGGGACUGCAUUUUAGGACUCCAUUGGCUGCGUCUUUCAAACCCCUUCACUUGCACGUGUUCAUCCAAACUUUCUUUAAUACAACCAAAGAGGUGGAAUGCUGCUUAUCCAAAAGCUCCAAGGUUCCUUCUCAACUUUGAAAUAAGAAACUUGGGAUCUCAAUGCCACAGAAAUCAGUGAAAUGGCAAGUUUUGUUACCCUCAGCUGUUUUGUUUGUUAACAAGAAAUCCAUUGUCAAAGCGCUUUGUGCUUUUUGUGAAAUGCAUGGGGCUUUUUGCACACAGAAUGCUACUUCUAGAAUGUGUGUGUCGCCCCCUCCUCCUCCACCCGUUUCUGUCUUCGAAACAAUUUGACCUGAGAGUACACUGGAAAUAUCUCCCUUCACUGGGCAUUUUGUUCCAAGGGCUUUGGAUUCUUUCUGUACAGGAGAUGCGACCUUUGGAGGAAGCAGGUGUGUUCUGGUAUUAUAUAAAUGCUGGACCGUACUUCCAGCGGCAGUAUACAACGCCUGUUUUGCUAACGUAUCAUUGCUCAGACCUGUUCAAAGCAUGAGCUUCAUACCUCAAGUUCUCUUGAAGAUCGUUGUUCUUUGAGAGUUAAAUUAUUUUGGAUGCGAUACAAAUAAGCAUGCAUGCUCCCUGGUAAAGCCCCAAACUUGACAUGUUGAAAUGAUUUUGUGCCAAUGUUACUGUGUCUCCCUGCCCUGGCUUGCCAGGGAAUGAUUAAAGAUAAAGCCCCCAUUUUACUGCGAGAUGCCAAAAUCAAUGUGUAAGCUCUGCUUUCUGGCUCUGCAGCAGUUAACAACGCUGCACCCAUUUGUGCUGACAUUGAUGCUAGUGCCCUAGAAACACUGCAAAAAAAAAAAAAGGCUUAUCAAAUAAGGGACAAAAUGUGAAAGGAAACAGAUGUAAUCCAUUAGGAGCCGGAAAGUAACAAAAUCAUGGAAUCUCUUUUCAUCAGCAUGCUCUGCCCAUGUUUAAGACGCUCUCUUAGGUUCCUAACCCCCCAAAGGGAACCUGCCCUUUCUUCCUUAUCUGUUUGCAAAAUGCAUCUACGUUUGUGUGAAAGAACCACUGGAUUGCUCUUUCUUAGUUUUGUUUAAACUUUCAAAUCAGUAUGUUUUCUUUGCCAGUAAUGCAGCUUGGGACCUGACCUCUCCUGGCUCGCCAAGCUGCGCAGACCCAGUGUUCGCAGGCUACCCCACAAUAAGCAAACUGGAUCGCUCGCAUGGUGGAUGCAGUGAGAGUCUGUUGGUAAAGGACUUGACAUUUUUUCCUUUCAAUCUUCCAAGAUGGUGUGCUGAAUUGUUGAGGGAGCAGAAGAAAAAUAAACUUUAUAAUUGCAAAAAAAAAAAGUUCACCUUGUUUAAAAAACAGCAACAACAAAGAAUGAAUUCCUGGAAGGAUGGUUUUAUAAAGGGUGGAGUCCACAUGCAUCCUUCCAGAAUGGGCAAUUAUUACAAAAACCUGCUAUAGCCUGGUAACUGGACCAAACUAGCCUGGUAAGUGGACUCCUUCCCCAACCUGAUAGAGCAGAGGCAAGGGUGGGUUUCUGGAGUCUCGGGCUGGAGACUCGUGGCAGAGCAGUGCUAUAAUGAAAUAUUCUUUUAUAGAAAUAAAAUAUUUUUCAUAAAGUCAAAUGUAAAAGUUCUGGAUGUUCUUAAUUGAAAGGAAACGGAGUGAGAAGUUUGCGAUAGCGUGCAGCUUGCAUACCAACAGUACAGGCGAUUCCACUCCUGUGAAAUGCAUAGUGAUGCCUCAGAGCUCUUACGUAUGUAACCUCUGCGUUGUCCUGAGAAUAAACUGGAUUCUUUUAAUGUAUGGUAGCAAUGUGGACGAAUGCAGGAUCUGGCCUGCAGUGAUGCUGCUUUGUUUCCCAGUUUAGCAUUUUGACUCACAGCAGGGCUCAGCAGGGACAUGGAUGUAAGUUAGGAGUCUGUUCUCUGAUAAACCUAAUUUGAGACCAUUUCGGUAUUUGGAGGAGGCCUGAUCUUUUAUGGAAGCAUGUUCCUUCCCCUCUGCCCCGGGCCUGGUUUGCUUUGGGACUGUGCUGGGAACAAUCUCUUGUUUGAUACCAGCCUGCAGAGCUUGUCUGGGUGAUGCUGUACAUGCUGAUUUUUGGUGGGCCAGGUAAAACAAAAGGACUGGCUUUGCUCUUUACUUCAGAACUCAGUUGCCGGAUGUUUGUCUGGUGGGCUCUGCUCGGUGAGAUGCCCUGUACAAAAAGUCAUUGGCCUGGGAGCCUCUCCCCGCUCAGAAGAACAAAGCCAAACACGUGUUUGAUUGUGCUCCGAGUCAUUUGUGGCUCAAAGCAGCAGUAAAUGUUAUGGGGCGAGCCUGACUAGGAGCUUGUUAAAAUACACCGGAACAGAUGGGGAGUGGUAAAAGCAAAGCGUCAUUAGUUCUAGGUAUUUGUGCAGAGUGUACGUCUCCCUUCAGAGUUUCCUGUCUGUGCCCAGAUAAUGGCCCCCAUCCUCUCUGACAUUUUAUGGGCCUGAAAAUGUACUUGAAGCUAUAAAGGAAGAAAAAUGAGAGUGCUUGGCAGCAUACAGAGUGUCCAGUGCUCAGGACUAUCUGCUGCCUGCAGCCUUGUCACUGAACGCUCCCCCAGAGCUCUGUCUGUCUGCUGGGAAAUCUUGCCUCCGUUUCUCCCUGCAAUAGAAGUUAGUUAAUCCUCCGGGAACCAGCAAGCCCAUCCUCAGACACAUUUCCCAAGGCUCUUGCUCCAGUCCUCCAGGAUUGAGUAGCAAGGGAUACUGUGCAUGCUCUGAUUUAGAGUGGGAUGGAGCACCUUCCACUAGCUCUGAGCAUGCUGCCAAUGACUGAACAUGACAAAAUGCAUUCGCCUCUGUCCAAGCAACCCACAGCAAAUGUGCUCAAACACUCCCACCCCUGUGCAUUGACCAGCUCCAUCCACCUACCCCUCUUCCGGGGUAGAGGAAAAUGAGCGCUGCAGCACACCCUGGAAGUCAGUAAACCGAGGGUGUUUGGGAGCAAGAGGGGGAUGUUGCACAGUCCUGGACUCUCUGCUGUGAUUCUCAACCAGGGUGCCUCAGCCCCUUGGGGUGCCUUGAGCUCAUUUCAGGGGCGCCCCAGAGUGCCACGCAAUGUUGGCGCAGUUAGGUGUGCAAACACGACUCACGAGACAAACCCAGAGAUUUCAAAUAGGAAUCCAUGCUGUUAAAAACCUUCUAGCCUGUUGGGUGAUUUCUGAGUUCUCUGCAACAGCAGAAUGACUCUGUUCUUUUCCUGUAAUCAAAACAGAGCUGACAUUGUCCAAGGGGUGCCUUGAGUCCAAAAAGGUUGAGAACCACUGCUCUACUUAACACCUUGCUAGGCAGCACCCUCUGUGCUGUGUUAGGCUCUAGCAUCAGCACCUCUGCUGACUGCCACUCUGCAGCACAUCAUGGAGAGAAAAUACCCGUGGCGAGGCCCUAAAUUGUGAAAACAUUAUCUGUAUUUUUAAAUCAAAUUGUACAGCAGAAAGUGUUCUAGUGCACCAGGAAGCACUCUGGCAGUUGGAACCGAGCAACUCUCUUCAAAAUAAAUGAACUCAGUACGGUUUGCAAUGCACCUCCCAGUUUGGUCCUUUUUUUUUUUUUUUUUUUCAAUCUGGCAUUACAAGUUUUAACUUGCAAAACUUGGCCAGUUACAAUAGCCCUCCCUGUCAUUUGUGUGACUUGACAGGGGUUCACUGUAGGUGCUGCAAGGAGAGGGAGAAGCCAGCAUGAUUUAAUAAAGCAGCGGUUGCGCUGGGCCCCUCUCCGGGUGUUCAGGUGGGCGAGGGAGCAGUCUGUCUCAUUCACUGGAAUGCUCCGUCCUCCUUGAUCCCAUCCCAGGCAUUUGUAACUCUGCUAUUGACAUUUGCUUUGGGAAGAAACUUGACCUGCAAGGUCUCCACCUGGGACUUGGUUUUUUAAUAAAAAACCAAGCCUCCAAAAUUCCAUCUGUUGUGGAGAACGCCGAGUCGCACUCUGCAUUUUAAGCAGUGCUGCGCACAGCAUUCACCCAGCAGACCCCCACAUUUUCUGUUUUUCAUCCCAGACUAAUAACCGAGUCUCACUAGGGCAAAGUCUGGUGCUUUUUGGAUUGCUUUGGCUCUGCAGCAUUCUGCAGUGAGGUCUGGACCUUUUAUUUGUGAGCCCAUUGCAAUUCCAGAUUCACAACUGCUCCAACCUUGAAUGUUUUACCAUGCUCUGCUGGGGUCUCUGCCAUGGAACGUGGCCUGGGGCAGCACGGAGAGCAUCAGCCAGGAGACCCAUGUCUGCAACCUGAAAUGAGGUGUUGAUGGGAGGACAAAGGGUAAAGAUUUAGAAAGGAGGACAGGGAGCUUCAGGAGACCACAGUGCAAUCCAAAACAGGAGACGGCCUCGGUGCUACAGCAAGUCUCUGAGUAAGUUUGUGUGCUGUGGAGAACAAAUCAAAGUCUCUUGGCUUGGUCCCUGAGGCCUUGCAGUUGCUGUUUCACACCUAGCCCUCAUCACAUAAUUAGACCUAUUUUCUAUGGCCUCUUACUAGUAUAUGCAAACCAAGAGCCAAGCCCGGCUCCUGGCUUCACUGGUGUAAAUUUGGAGUACUUCCUCUGAAGUCAUUGGAUUUCUUCCAGAUCAACACUGAACUAACUAGAGUAGAAUCUAGUCCUGCAGCUGAGAAGGGGCUGGUGCACGUUGUCUUCUGGUCGCUUUGCUUUGGAAACUUUCCCCAGAGGUGUGUUGCAUAUGAUUAUCAGAUACAUUCUCAUCAGGCCGCUAAUCCGCGUCUCGUACAAAGGCAGCUUGCCACUGUUUUGUCUUAAGUACAGCAUAGUUUCUCUCCAGCUCACUAGCAUGGUCUGAGAAGUCAAAGCUGGAGUGCUGUUUAAACAGGCAGCCUUUUUAAGGGUAUAAUUUUACUGGUUCAACAUCUAUUCAUCUCAGUGAACCAAAUUCUCGUGUUCAGACGAAAUGGGCUAAUGGCAGCAGUAUGAAGCUGUGUCAUACAAUGCAUUUUUCAGGCUUAUUGAGGGUUGAGAGAGAGCAGCUCAUUUAAUAGGGCAGUUUGUGCACUAAAACCACCUGCUUUGUAUGUGUGAUACAGGGGCCUGAUCUGUAGGAAGGAAUCGAUGCUAGCGCACGUUGGCAGCUUCCUAGGAAGCAAAUGCAAGCAGAGGCUAGGGGAUGGGUGCGCUGCAACCAGUGAGGCAGGUGGGAAUGUAUUCUGCUUGCUUAGGUCAGAACUUCGUGUCCUCCGUGCUUCUCUCUAGGUCACCGUGCCUUGUUCUGCUAAGAUCUAGAUUGCAAAGUGGUUACCGAAAUCUGCUCAAAGUGCUUGUUCCACGGGGGUAGGAAAUGGUUGAUAUUUUUUUUAACCCCCCCCUCUUCCCCCACAAAAGCUGACAAGCGUUUGCAUCUCAUUCGUUAUUUGUAGAAACAAGGACAGCUGGCCGGUGUUACCUGCGGUAGCCUUUCUCCACUCACCGCAUGAAGAUGCUGUGUUUGAGACUUCUUGUCAGGAUUUGAGACUUUUAGGCUGUCUCAGAUGUGGGAAAGACUGCUGUUUGAUGUCCAGGGCUGCAGCUGUGGGGGAAGUCCAUCCUUAUCACUGCCUAUCAUGCUAAGAUAGAAACUAUUCUAGCUUUUAUAACAAGGCGUGAACAAUAUGAAAUGCAGAAAAAGCAAGCCUUGUUUCCAUGACUCUCUUCAUUAGAUAGUCUUGAGCCAGGGCCUUGAAAAUAGCUGAAGAGCUGUGUUUGGUUUCUUUGGACAGAUGAUAAGCGGUCAGUUAAACUGCUUGAAGCUCGGAGGCUGUCGUUUGGGAAUCCAUCAUUUGCAUGGUGCAAAGUUAGGGAUCGCAUUCUGUUAUGGACGGGGGUUUGAGAGAAGAACUGGCGGUGGAGUGGAUGAGUCUGAAGUAGCAAAGGGAUCGUUAAAACCUUGCUAGAAAUGGCAACUGUUCUGAGAGUCGUUGACCCUGUAUCAGGAAGGAAACUAAGCUUGCUAGUGAGGCCAGCCCUGUUGGCAAAGCAUUGGAAAUGGUUGACCCCAUGACUCCUAAGUGUGUGCUCCAAGUUCAGUUGUGCUCACCUGCCUUCCUGAACCCGGACUCAGCUCUGCACCUAGGAUUGUGGGUGUUUGCUGAAUUAGGGCCUUAAUGACUGAAGCCGUGAGGCUGGGUUGAUGUCCUACAAACUUCUACCAACAUAACUGUCAGUCUGGGGCAUUAAGAGACGUGACCCCCACUGGAUAGAGCUGUGCCUGCAGAAAUGCCUUGUGUAGACACAGAUGUCUUGGAGAAAACAGACCUUUGACCAGUGUGGCGUGUGUUCAGGGAAGUACUGGUACAGGGCAGAGUUUUAAUGCUGUAGCUGCUUCUCCACGUGGACGGCUUUGCUGGUAUAGGAUGCUAGCAUUGCUAUACUGGGAAGCUGCUACGAGUGUAAACCUCUGAGAUUUGGAGUGCAUCCAGCAUUGGGGAAGAAACCAUUUCCUUGGGAGCACUCUCAGUCUGCAGAGAGCUACCGCUUGUGCUAGUGCAAAUGACCGUCACGAAAAGGAAGCAACUGGCACUUGGCAACUGCUGGGAUUUUCCAGGCGUGCUCAUCUACUUGCCCAGCAGCCCCCAACUCAACUGUUUUGUUUCAUCCCCCUUCCAAUUUUUGUGCCCCUCAGAUAUAAAGUCUACUGGCAAAAAAGCCUUGCUUUUCAUUCGGACUUAAUGUUGUGCUAGGCAAGGAAACCAGUGUGAUGAGGCCUGGCUCCUCGCACCAGUGCUGAUGAAUUAGACUGGUAAGCACCGAUGCGGUGGUGACAAAGUGGACCAGAUAGAAAUGGUCCAUGUUGCUGGAGGCAGGGCUGGCGAAGGACCAUCCCUAUAACACCCACGAUGGCACUUUUCUUACAUUCUUAUUUUGGGAAUCGUGUGCACACCUAACAGCCAUGGCACCCUGGUUGAGAAUCACUGAUCUGAGGUUUUGUGAUUUUUAGCCUAAUCCAAGACAUGUUUCCAUGGGCAAAUGCGGGAAUUGAGCAGAGCUGUCUGGGAGCCAGAUUCUUGCAGCUGAUCCACUAAGUUACCAUGUGCUUUGAUGAGGACUACUGUAGUGUGAGCUUUAUCUGAUGUACAGUAAAUGAGUGCUCAGAGAUAUCUGCAAAGGACUUUUGGUUUCCAAGACUGUUACAUAUGCACUUUAAUACUUACCUCUGGUGUUGAACCACACGACUUAAAUACAAAAAUGUUCUCUGCCACUUUAUACAAUGCAAGUAAUGGCACUUAAUUUACUGAGCCUUGAGUUAGCAGAAAACUGGAAAGGGGUUUGUUUUUUAACUUGCCUUUCUGUCCGAUAUACAACUUUGCUUUGUGACAUUGUAAUCCGUCAUCGGUAAAAAGUAUUUGCCAGUUUUCUGUUUGUUUCAAUAAACUGCAUGUCUCUUA